UGCUCGGGAAGCGGGCGCGGAGGCCGCGUUGCUACAGCAACCGGGGCGGGCUCCGCGGGAGGAUUCUCGGGCUGCUCCCGGGCGGGGCCUGGGAUUCCAUCUUCUCUGCGUCCGGGGACUGGGAAUCCCGGGCAUCUUGCAAAAUGAGCCCCUUGUGACGUAGAGCGGAGCCCAGGGCUCCGGGCCGGGUGGGAGACCGGGCCCGCGCACCCCGGCACACGGGCGGGAUGGGUCUGUGCGAGUCCACGCUGCCCCAGAUGGGCAGAGCCUUGAGGCCCCAGGAGAAGGAUGUCCUGAAGUCCCCCCUGAUCAUCUUCGUGGUGGGCGGCCCUGGCUGUGGGAAAGGGACCCAAUGCAGAAACAUGGCCAGCAAGUACGGCUUCUGCCACGUGGGGCUGGGCCAGCUGCUGCGGGAGGAGGCUCAGAGGAGGACGCAGCGGGGCCGACAGAUCCGGGACAUCAUGCAGCAAGGACGCCUGGUGCCCACGGGUCUCAUUCUGGACAUGAUCAGUGACAACCUGCUGUCUCGUCCAGAGAGCCGCGGCUUCCUCAUUGAUGGCUUCCCCAGAGAGCUGGAACAGGCUAAAGAGUUUGAGCGGAUUGUGGGCAGGGCCCCCAACAUCGUCAUGGUGUUUGACUGCUCCAUGGAAACAAUGGUACGGAGAGUCCUGCGUCGAGGACAGGUGGAGCACCGGGCGGAUGACUCGGAGCCAGCCAUCCGCAAGCGCCUGGAGACACACUACACCCUGUGUGAGCCUGUCCUGACCUUCUACCAGCAAAAGAAACUUCUGCGAAAUAGGUUAAAUUCUCGCUAUUUUCUAAGGCUGGCUCAACAUGAAGGAUCCCGAUUUUGGAAGGAAAAAGAUGUGAGACACACAGAGUGAGAGAGGGGACUGCCUCAGCAUGAGGGGACCCUACACCCCGGCGGCUGUUACUCUCUCACCAAACCAAUCAAAUAAAGAAACCAAUAAAAGAAGCCCCCAAAUGAACAAAAAUGGAGGGAAAUAUGUUCACAGAUGAAGUUCAUAGCCAUUUGCUUCAAUUGCCUGCGGAGAGGGAGAGACAGGGAUGGUCACGGCAGGGGCGGCUGGGCUGCAGGAGGCUGCACUCCAGGCAGCGGGCGGGCGGGCGGCCAGGAGGCCGGGCCCAAGCCUGCCCAGGCCAGGCAGGGGCUGUGACUGUCUGUCUCGGGACUCCGCUGAAGUCAGACUGCUCCUUGGUGGAAGGAGAAGCAGGAGGAGGAGGAAGAGGAGAAGGAGGGGGUCUGCAGCAGAAGAAGCCAGAGGCAUGGAAGGGGCGCACAAGGAAGAAGUGCCAGGGUGGGGAGAGGGGCAGAGGAGGGAGGCGGUGGGCGGCUCGGCGUCACAACAUUCAGAUCACGGUGUCCCCACAACACCCCUGUGAGGUAGGUUGGAAGGUGGCAACGAUCGUCAUGCCCACUUCACAGACAAGACCAGGACACAGAGGCAAGUGCACAAGAGGUGACCUUGCCAGGCAGGGAGGGCCCAGUCCCCUCAGUGGGCUCCUCCAUCCCAGCAGAGCCAGGGCCGCCUGCAACACGCAGUUACUUGGACAUGGGGGAUAAAGAUGGUGGUUUUAAAAAAAUAAAAAGAAUAAAAAAGAACAAAACCCAAAAUAGU